UUUACUUCCAAAACCGAGCCCUGAGCCGCAAAGCCUGAAGGUGGUCAUUGCACGCAGUGAUUGUUAUUUGUUACCAGUCGCCACUCCAUGGUAGACUCGCGUAGUCGUGUGCUAUUGACAACCGAUUAAUUCGAUACAAAUCGAUUAAAAUGUCGUAAGCGCUGUCGACGAUAAAGAUUUUGUAAAUAAAAUGGAGGUCGAGAAAAAAGUGGAUGAGUGUGCAGUGAUGGAGAAGCCUAAUUACAUGCUUAUGUCCUUGCAAAGGAUACUGGUGUUGUUUGUAAUAUUGGCAAGUGUUAUUGUGGUUGUUUACUAUACGCCUAUGCCAGAGGAAUACUUCGAAAACUGUGAUCGAGAAUGCCAUGAGCUUGAUUGGCCGAUGAUAUGUAGAGUGAAACUAGUAAUAGAAGUUUAUAAAACGUAUAGCAAAUCCUGUAGCAAUUGUCUAGAAGCAGGCAAGGAAUGUCCGCCGAUGUGCAUCACAGCCGACGGUAGAGUCCGAGGAGUACUCUCGGCUAACAGGGAACUCCCGGCUCCUGCAUUUCACGUGUGUCAAAAUGAUAUUCUCGUUGUGGACGUUGUGCAUCGGGCACCAGCACAUGCGCUGUCGAUGCAUUGGCGAGGACAACCACAGAAAGAAACCCCAUUUAUGGAUGGAACACCCAUGCUAACACAGUGUCCCCAACCAGCCUAUACCACAUUCCAGUAUAAAUUCCGCGCUUCAAAAGCUGGCACUCAUAUGUACCAUGCUCAUUCCGCUGCUGAUGCAGCUGAUGGUCUAGCGGGCGCUUUAAUUGUCCGACAAUCGCCACGACUUGAUCCUCUAAAGAAAUUAUACGAUAUCGACGCCACUGAUCAUACAAUUUUUGUGGUAGAAUGGGGACAUUCCAUGGGCCCAUUGGCUGGAAUUACUUCUAAAGUUCCAAAUGCAGAAUCCUUAUUAAUAAAUGGAAAAGGAAAUACUGCUGAAUCACCAAACGCUCCGUUAUCAAUAUUCAAUGUUGAAUAUGGUAAACGCUACAGAUUCCGUCUCGCAUACGGCGGCGGUAUAAAAAGUUGUUCGAUUAAAUUUUAUAUUGAAAAUCAUAUUUUAAACCUAGUUGCACUAGACGGUGAUAUGAUUGUUCCUGUGUAUGUUAAUAGUAUUACAUUAGGUCGUGGCGAACGUGCAGACUUUAUAUUGGAAGCUAAUAAAAUGUCUGGUGUUUAUGACGUGAAAGUUGUGGCCGAUAAUACGUGUCAAGAAAAUUUAGAAGGUCUCGCAAAAUUAGUGUAUCAUAAAGAGCAUAAAACACUACAAAAACACGUUACAGUGGCUGAUGUUGUAGCGGAUAAAGAUUUUACAACAGUGAUAAGUGAUUUGUGUACGGAAGACAAUGUGUUGUGUUUGAAUGAAGUGCAUUCAUCGAGUCACCUUCCGGAAAGCCUCUCUGGAUUAAUAGAUGAGACUAUUUACGUGCCCUUCAAUUACUCGACUCGACAAAUAUCCGUAAAACGAUUAGAGAGUUGGGGCCAAACCGAUGGACACCGCUUUACCUAUCCAGAAUCCCCGCUGUUGACGCAGUCCUCCGACGUCUCUGCAGAGUCGCUGUGUACCUCUGAAGCUGGUCAUGCAGAGGAGUGUGUGCACGUCAAGAAUAUCCCAUUGGAUUCCACCGUGGAAAUAAUAAUGUUUGACCAAGGUGGCGAAUCUGAUCAUAUAUUCCACUUGCACGGCUACAGCUUCUAUGUGAUCGGUAUACAGCAGUUCAACAGAAGUUUCGACAAAGAUCAGGUUAAACAAAUGAACGAAGAUGGAACUUUGUUCACUUCUAAGAAUCUUCAUAAUCCUGUAAUGAAAGAUACGAUAGUUAUACCCAAGUUUGGAGUGGUAGCUUUGCGUUUAAAUGCGAACAACCCGGGAUAUUGGAUGAUGCGAGACGAGAGAUCAGCCCACUGGACGAGGGGUCUCGAUUUUGUUUUAAAAGUCGGCACCGAAAAAGAUUUCGUACAAGCUCCAUCAGACUUUCCCAAAUGCGGCUCAUAUGUGGGCCCCGAGUACUUUUUAAUUUAGUUGACUGAAGAUAAUUGAUAAGAUUUAUUUAUUGGUGUUGUGAUAGAAUUGUGUAUUGGAAUUGGAGCGAAAAAAUGCGCUCGCUUUUGAGCACGAUCGAAGUAAUUGUUGUUUUGUAUUUUUUCCUAUCAUUGUACGUAAUUGUAUUAAAUUUACGCACAAAUUUAUUUUGAGAAAUUGGGCCGCAUAUGAAUAUUGAUAUAACAUUUCGUUGGAGUAACAGACACAUGUGAUUUCAAAAGAAAUUUGAGUUGUGUUCUAUAUCUUUAUUAUAAACUGUAUGUGAUAGUCUAUUUUAACUAUCCAUGGAAAGGCUUA